GCCUUGAUCAUGGUUCUCCCAUCUGUCAAGUUGGUGUGCAGCCCCUACGGGCUACAUAUUUUCAGUCUUACACCGGCCUUGAACCCGACAACAUCUAAAUUUAUUGUUUCUUGUUUUGGAUUUUCGUUGUAAACAACACUCUCGACCUCGUCAUGUGUUGCGGACCUUGCUGUGGAACCUGCUACUAUCCCUGCUGCAGUCCUUGCUUCAGUGGCCGCUGUUUCGCGCCGCGGUGCGGGUUUUACAGUGGACCGUGCGGACCUUGCUGCGGGGGUGGAUGCUGCAGCAGCUGCGGACCGUCUUGUUAACGUGCCCAACACCUGAACUCUGAACAAAAUGUCUUGGCCCGUCAAAAUAAAAGGCGUAUGACUUUCA